GUCCUGCCCCUUUACAACUAGUUUUUCGUGUGUGACCACAACACCACAUCUGACAUAUCUUUAUUAAAGAUGGGGGAGAGGUUGCAAACUCAAAAAAGCUACGUUUGCUCAUUUUUCGAUUGUGAUGCUAAAUUCACCAAGUCCUGGAAGCUUGAGGCUCAUCUUUGCAAACACACAGGAUUGAAACCGUUCUCCUGUGAGAACUGUGACAAGAGCUUUUGCACUCGCCAUCAACUCAACAGACAUGAGCUCGGCCACAGUGGAGAGAAACCACACAAGUGUGUGGCUGCCGGCUGCUCAGAGGCCUUUGUCACAAAAACCAGAAUGAAGAACCACAUGGCUCGGGUUCACCAGCACCAGGAGAAGCCAUACAAAUGUGACCGUCAGGGCUGUGGAAAAGAUUUCAAAAAGAGGAACCAGCUUAAAUCCCACAAGGGCGAGCACGAUCAGCUCCUGCCCUUUCAUUGCACUUUCAGUGGCUGCACAAGAGAAUUUGCCUCUCACGGAAAACUGAAGCAUCACAAGAAUAUUCAUGAAGGUUACCCCUGUGAGGCGGACGCGUGUCCUUUCCAAGGAAAGACGUGGACCGAAUAUGUGAAGCAUCGAAAAGAACACAAAGUCAAGCUGCAGUGUGACAAGUGCAAGAGGCAGUUCAACAACGCCUGGUUCCUGCACCAGCACGAUCUGCGCACCCACUCUGGAACUGGGAGGAGGCUGCCGUGCCCCAGAGAGGGUUGCAAGAGAAACUUCACGCGUCGUUUCCACUUGGAGAGUCACGUCCUUGGUGACCAUGACGGAAAGAAGCCGUUCAGCUGUGCCUACGCCGGCUGUGGGAAGAGCUUCGCCAUGAAGGAGAGCCUUUGGCGACACGGAGUGGUGCAUGACCCAGCAAAGAAAAAGCUGAAGAACCUGCAUCCUAAAAAGAGCCAGCAGGUCGGACCGGCAGCUGCAGCCAAUCAGGCGGAUGCCAACGAGCUCGCUGCUAGGCUGAAGAACACAACUUUACAGGAUAACAAAUCUUGAGGCUGCAUAUUAUCUUUAUAAAUAUCCACUUGGAUGCCUUUGUGAAUGUUGCAACAAAUUUCAGUUGAUUACUUUAUUAUUUAUGCAAAUAUAAAAAUAAAGCCUCGUUAAUACAGCAAUA